AUGAACGCUGCUGAUGUUAACAAUUCUGGCAUAGAUGAUUCACCGCCCCGGGGAUUGCAUUUGCGACUGCGACGUUCUCUCGGUCGAGGUGCAUUCGGUCAUUGCUACGAGGCUCAAGUCUGGUUAACGAAUACGGAAGACAACAGUGCUCAUGCAUCCUCAAAUGUUGACCGUAAUGCUUGCUCAAGUGGCGACGCUGCUGACAAAUGUGUCAGCUUUACCCAGAUACCGGCCUCAGCUUCGGUCCAUGCUAAUCCUUCAAAGACAACGUAUAGUUUGAGAGACGCAGAGGGUGGACCAACAGACUGUCUUCUCACGGCUGUUAAGGUAAGACGGACUAAAGAGUCAACUUGAAAAUCCUAUCCGUUCAUAAGGAAGUCAGACGAUCAAAAUUUACUCGACGAAGAGAGUCAAAAUGAAAAGAGGUAGAGAGGUUCGUGUGUUAGAAUUCAGUCAUACAGGGCGUGACCGAUCUCAUGAAAUGUUGGCCUAAAUUCUGAAAUGUGUUUUCGAUUAAGAAAUAUUACUUAGGCAGGGUUGGAGUACUGAUUGGCAUGCAACAUGAUCCCAUAGUAUGUCGGGCUUGCCAGGAUGUCGGCUAUUGAGUGCACUUCUUUUCGACCUUCGGCAGGAACUACACUCAGUAAAAACCAACUACUUAAGUAGCAUGCACUUUUCACAUUGAUUUUCGAUGGUUUUAUAAAUUUAACUAUAUCUUAUAGAAAACAUGCACAAAAAUAUUCUUUCUUUUUCAGGUUUGAUGGAAAAUCCCACCUUCUUUACAUUCUACAUCCUAAGAAAGUGUAUAUUAAGGUUUUGAAAAAGUUUUCAGAUUCUCGAAGAAUUUUGAGCCAGAUCAACCGCUGCAUUGACGAUCAGCGAUUUCAUUCUGUAAGGUGCAUACUUUUCACGUAAGAAAAGCCAUAUAUUCUUCCAUGUUUUCAAAAAGAUACGACACAGAGUUAACAAAACUUUCAAUGGAUGCGGACUAUGUUGUACAUUUCAUGAGGAGCAUUGGUAAACGGACAUGUGCGAUGCUGUAUAUGUGUACAUCGCACGGUCCCAAAAACCUCAUAAUUAGAAACCUUAUCAAAACCUAAAUGUACACUUUCUUAGGGUAUUAAAUGUUAAGAGAUGGGAUUUUCUACCAAACUUGUAAGAGAAAGCAGAUUUUGUGCAUGUUUUCUAUAAAAUAUAUUUGAAUUUACAAGACCAUCGAAAUUCAAUCUGAAAGUGCAUACAACUUAUGUGAUCGUUUUUUACUGAGUGUGGUUUAUGCCGAAGGUCGAAAAGAAGUGCAUUUAAAAGCCGACAUCCUAAAGAGUCCGAAAUACUAUACGAUCAUGUCGCAUUCUAUUUCCUAAUCGAAAACCCAUUUCAGAAUUUCGGCCAUCAUUUCAUGAGAUCGGUCAAGCACUGUAAAUUUUACUGUAGUUUACAGUGGAAAGGUAUUUCAAAUAUUGAUGCAGCCUUCUUUGGACCGGCAUAGCAUAAAUAGGAGAAAUUCGUUGAAGGAAGGCAAACUGACAAAAUAAUUUCGAAUCCACCGGCGAUAUCAGAACCAAUGUUUUUCCGGCGAAGCUUGGUUCUACAGCCCCACUUUAUUGAUACCAUGUGGUUAGCUUUCUAAAACAAUAUCAGGCAAUAGACCUAACUUGGCCUCUCGCUGCCCUGGGGAUGGAAAGAGAGCGCAAGCAGAACUGAAAACUCGCGCUGGGAAGCAAAUGAAGGUGGCGCGUACAUACUCACCCCCCGACACAACCGCUCGUUGAAUUAAGAGGAUACGGGGGGGGGGCAAUCACGAACGGGACCGCGCAAUAGUUCGCAGUUCAUGGCCACUUUAGUGGAACCGUCUGAGUUCCACACCAUCUGAAGACUUCCAUUAGCAAGCCUUCUUAACUACUCGCUGGAUUAAGAAAAUAAUGAGGAUGAAAGCAGGGCUCGAAGCACGUACAGGGAAGCGCAUAUGAACUGAUACCUGAAGUAACCGCAGCUGGCAUAUGAGCACUCCCCCCUCCGUGGCACAGUCACUUGCUAGAUUAAAAAGGCAAGGAUGAUGCAAAUACGCGAUAUUUAUAAAGCCAGCUUCCUCGCAUCAACUGAAUUCUUUUAGAUAGCUUACCAUAUAGUGAUACUCAGGUGGGGCUGUAGGACCAAACCUCGCUAUUUUUUCGAGGAAAAAUGGCUGUGGGUGGCAGUUGGGGCCAGUUUCUCUACUACGUAACUUUGGUGGUGGGGGAGGGGGGGGGCAAAUCGCAGAUCCCUACACCAAAGCCCUUUAGAGCAUCCAAUGACUUGAUAUUAACGCUGGCAUAUUUGAGUCUUCCUCUUUUACUUCUAGCAAUCUAUUUAAAACAUACAAAAAGUAUAAAAAGAAAAGAAUUCUUGUCCACAUCAUUUUUUAUAUCUUCUUCGUUUAUAGUAAAGAGAGUUCUUCUCAAUUACAAGCUGCAAAUUCCGUUCAUGAGAUACUGAUUGAUGGGUUUGGUCUUGAGUAGCCAAUGGUUCACUCUUCGGAAAAAAAUUAAUUUUCUCGAAUUCGUAGGCACUCGUCCAGUUCCCUGUACUUGAAAACACUUUUCAAAGAUAGGAUUCUCUUCGACUAAAAUUGUGUAUGUCGGACAUGUGUAAUUCAUUUUUAUCUGUAAUGCGAUUUACUGUACUGAGAGCAGAUGUAGUAGCUAAAAGUCCAGACAUGUGUUUCGCCAAUAUUCUGUCCACAUGACAGCUGCGAGGGGGUCGGCUCAUGAGUAAGCCUCCAGCGUUCCCUGUGUGCAUUCUGGGAAAAUUUAAAAGCUGAAAUCUCAGAACUGGAGGAUCUGCUAGAAGGCACAUGGGCAACGCUGGGGGUUUACUGAUGAGCCAAAUCCCUCGCAGCUGUUAUGCGACAGGAGAAUAUCGGCAAAACAUUUGGCCGGACUAUUAGCUAAUACAGUAAGUUGGGCUAACCCAUGAAAUCUUAACAGAAGUUUCAAACUGCGUUUCCGUUUCGAAAAGUAGGGGUUGUAAAGCCAAUCCUCGUGCAGUAUACUUCUAUAAUAAUUCAGUUACCACUGGAUGCCGGCUUUCGAACAAACUUCCUUCCGGUUGCAUCCAGUACCAUACUUUCUAAAAAAUGACUACUUAAGUAGCAUGCAUUUUUCUCAUUGAUUUUCGGUGCUCCUGAGAAGUUCAAUUAUAUUUCAUGGAAAACAUGCAUAACAUAUUUAUUUUCUUGAUCAUUAGACAGGAACGUACGUCUUCUUCCAGUUUUACACUUAAAGGAGGGGUGUAAUUGGGGUUUCAUAAACUUUUCCAAUUCCCGAAUAAUUUCAAACCCGACCUGCCGUUACACUUGCAUUCAGGGUUCCCAAACUACAAGCCGUAUAAUUUCCGCGUACGGAAAACCAUACAGUUGGGUUCAUAAAAUUAAACAGUGGAUAUGAGCCACAUUGUUAACUUUAAAAGCCACAUUGGUAAAUGCAGAUACAUGACGUUUUAUGAAGGGCCAUUUCACGGUAUUAAAAAUCUCACAAGUAGAAACUUUUUAAAAACCGAAUUAAACCCUUCCUUCGAGUAUAACCUUGAAAGGAGACGUAGUUUUCUACUGAAUGUGCAAAAGAAUUAAUAUUUUUAUGCAUGCUUUCCAUGAAAUAUAACUGAAUCUAUAAGGGCACCGAAAAUCAAAGAAAAAAUGCAUGCCACUUAAGUAUUACUCAAGUUAAGUCGAAAGCCGGCGUUCUGGGGUGACUGAAUUAUUACAGAAUUAUACUGCACGAGGACUGGUUUUAAAACCCUGCUUAAUUAGUCCUUUCGAAACGGAAACGCAUUUCAUGAGUUGGCCCACUUACUGUACCUAUACAGUCAGUCCCGUAAAUCAUGCAGCAAAUGUGGACUGCCGGCCACCUUCUGGCACUUUAUGAAUAUAACGUGGCUAUUACGGUGUAGUUGGCGGAGUUUGACUCAAAGAAUCAUACUUCUUUCUUGCGUAAGUCCAUUAAAUCCAAUUCGGGUUGAUUUACUCCAAGCUAGCGACUAAUGUCCGGCGAGAUUAAAAACCUAAAAACUAAUUCCACCUGUCUUUUUCUUUUAGGUCAUAUGGGCGGAAAAAUAUAGACAAAAGAGACUUCUGAUUGAAAAUGAAGUACGUCGGCAUCUACUGUUGGAUCACAAGAAUAUCCUCCGACUGUUGACCGCCUUUCAUAUUCCCGGGGACCAGAUAUGCUGCCUACUACUUGAAUUAUGUCCAUCAGGCUCAAUAGUAGAUAUCAUGAGAAUCAACGGCAGUCUAAAAAGAAACUCGACCAACUUGCGCCCUCUACGACAACACAUUGUGGGAUCGAUAACUCGGGGUCUGGUGCAAGGAUUAGAUUACCUACAUUCUGUCUGUCAUUUGGUUCACAGAGAUAUUAAGCCGACAAAUAUCCUGCUCUCAGGUGAUCUUCAGGCGAAGAUAAGCGAUUUUGGCCUGGCCUGUUCAAUAGAACAAUGCAAGACAGAGAAGACGUGAGUAACUCGCAUAAGGAUACUGAAACUUUCUAUUUUGAAUCCGACUUAGUCCUGAGGUAUUAUUAUAAUCGGUGAAAGUGCUGCAAGUAUAUAUAAGGAAUUUUUGAAUCAUUCCUGCUAGUAAUAACACUAUUUAGUGCUUGUGCGUUGUAAAUGACAAGUGCUUAAACAUCACACUUCAGAUACCUUCUUCUUCUUCUUAUUCGAAAAAUUACUUUAAGAACAUGAUUCUUUAAAAUCUUCGUUAAGUAUACCGGUUUAUAUACUGUCCUCUCUGCCGCAAUCCAACUAAGCAGGCAAACACCAUAUCAAAAACAACCUGAGCAGUGCUGAUGUAUUUAGUGAUGAGCCGAAAAACCGCCUGCACGCCCCAGGUGACAGCAGACAACUUCGCGUCUGAGUUUUUAUCGGCUAUUUGUAUUGGCUGUCUGUUAGAGCACUUAUGUUUACUUACAAAACACACUAGUUGCCAACCUGAGGUAUUGCAAUGGAUAGUGGUAGACUGACGUAGGCAAGGUCGACAUGUGAAGUGGUUCCAUGGCUUCUGAGUUCUGUCACUCGCUUCGAGCUUGUUUGCAUCAAAAAGCCGAUAGACCAGUGUACGCCUCUUCCUGUACACUACUUGUUAUCGGCUUGCGGACUAUUAUUUUGACAGCGGAAGUAUUCCGCUCAGACGUUUCCGGCUCAAUUGAGGCCAGAGCUCACAAGUUUCGCUCCAUUUAAGUUAUUAAAGUACUGGUCAAUUCCAGAACGCUAAACGAUAAGCGCAACUAAAGUCUACAGGAGAGUAACUUUAGUAAAACAUACAUUAAUUGCAAAAGGACUCACGCAAAUUAAGAGCACACAACUAGGGCUCGAAAAUUUAAAACAAUAUACUUUACUGAAUGGAUAAUUUUUAGUAAGGCAGAUGCGUUAUUAGAAAUUUUAGUGUUGAUCAUAGAAAUAUGGACCCAUUGUAUUGCAGCUUGUUCUAACCUAAACUAAAAGCGGGCUUAAGGUUAGGCUUAAUAUAAGGGUCCGGAGUUAGUGCGUGGGGCAGGGAAAUAAUGUUGCAAAUUAGGGCUCUGAGCAUUAGUGUUAGGGUUAUAAUUCAGAUUACGGCUCGGAAACAGGAAUGGAAACCCCUCGAAGUCUAGCGCGUGACCAUCUACCGUCCGGGAGGCUCAUAUUCUCGUGUUCAACCGAGGGUAUUUUGGACUCAUGAUGAAUCGGAGCCAAAAAUAAUCUUUGCGAAUGUAAAUAGUCGGCCUAUGCCUACAGUUUGAAAGACCAGUUACUCCGGAACAAUAGUAGGUAGUUUCAGCAAAUUUGCCGCGGUUCCAAAUGCCAGGGUCAAGUGGCUAACUGUUCAUCACAGUGACUGCAGGGUGUAGACAGCCCACUUUUGCAAAAGGGGAGGGCUUGCAUCGUCCUCUGCCGGCGGGUGAAAGCACAUAACCUGGUCCUGUAAGACUUUGUCGACAAAAAAGUAAGACUUGGUGUUGUCAACGUAGUUUUUGCUGUCAGUCAGAUCAGCCGGAAUAGCAGUUGAGAGUGUCUUAUUCGUAAUCUGCCUUAUCUAUACAGGGCACUGGUCAUGCACAGGUCGUCGAGGGAGAUUUGCCUGCUCUACAGAGGUAAAAGUACGCAUACAGGUAGGUUCAGGAAGCUCAACUCGGGGCGCAGGAGAGGCAAGUGUUGACAGUACUCAUUGAACGCUUAUGAAUUUUAUUCAUCUAUUCUUUCCGGAAAAACGGCUGGAUGAAACAGUUUGAGUCCAUACAGCGUACGCCUCUCUUUGAUGGCCACUUUUAAAGUGUUACAAAGUACAUGGUUCCACGCACUCAUUUUCUUAUCAUAAAUUCUUUCAUAGGUGUCAGUGAAGGGCACACUGAUGUAGCAAUGCGACUGACUCAUUUUAUUAAUUUUUAUUUUUGACUCAGGAUGGUCUAGAUUUAAGUUGUCAUAUGGCAGACAAUUUGCAGUCCUUUUACUAUACUUCCCGGAAAAACGUUUAGAAAUAUGCGGAUUUAUUCUUCAGACAAUACGAGUGGCGUGACGUUAAUGGAAAAAUUCCCAAAGUUCGAAAUUUCCUCCACCAUCAACUUAUUUCAUUAACAUACAAUAGCUUCUGCAAAGAGGGCGGUAAGCGGGACAUCUACCAAUUUUAAGUAGUUUAAUAUUUGCAUUUAAAACAAAGAACUGGACAGAUACACUGUUAACUUGAUUUAUACUGACAUCUCGACUAGAAGUGCGUUGUCACACUAGCGACCAAUAGUUGUAUUACAGUUUCUUCCCUUCUAUGUUUACCUAGGCGAGGACAUUCCGACUGUUUGUUUACCAUGGUGGGGGGCGCUCACCGAUCGUUCAUACGGAACUCACUCGUUCCGUUGUGCCUUAUGGACUCUCUCUCUCGAGCCCAACCAGCAUCCGCAUAGCGGCGCAUGAUAUAGGCAGAAGGGGAAUUACCGACAAAGACAAGGGAGACUGGAAUGGCCAUUUCUGGUUUAUUAGCCGUCGUCAGCCAGUCAUACCCACCCCCGAAGUGUGGCACACCCGAGGCUCGAACUCGCGACCUGUUUGUUAGAAGUCCACGCCUCUAACCACUGAGCCACGAGUCCGUUACCCUGUCGUUUUUCGAUCGGGAAUAUACAAUGGUAAGGGGCGCUCACCGAUCGUUCUUACGGAACUCACUCGUUCCGUUGUGCCUUAUGGACUCUCCCUCUCGAGCCCAACCAGCAGCCGCACAACGUUUGUUUACCCCAUGUCCUCGUUGAAUGAGAGGUCCUACCAAGAAAAAAACUGAGAUAUCUGGAUUUGCCUCAGAAAAAAUCACGUGGAAUGUAAUUUUAAUGACUGUAUAAACACGUUCAGACGUUGAUCAUGGCUCGAGAAGUAGAAAAAUAGUGAAAGGUCGAUUAUUAUAAGUACAACUUCCUGUGUUUCGAAGAAAAAAUUGUAUUUUCCCCAAAAUGCAUAAGGAAAAAUCUGAGUACGACUUUUCCCGUAAGGUAUGAUCGAAUUGAUAACCUCAUGCCACGACAAUCAAAAAACCUCAUGCUGCUACUUUAUUAAACUACGAGUUACGCAGAUGGUUGGAAUCGUGUCUCAAUAGACACCAGCAUAUUACCAUGCAUGAAUUAACUCGGGGUUAUGUUCCAUGAUAAUUAUUCUCGAAACGUCACCAAGGUGCGUUUUCUGUGUGUAAAUUAUAUGGUCUGAUGGAUCGAAGUCCAGAUAUGGGAUCGGACGCAGGUGGGUGGCACGCGUGAGCCCGCACCUAGGCGUACCACUAAACCCCUAUAUGAGACCUAUGUUAUGGAUGCGCAUCUCCCAUAACGUCCGCCGUGCCCUUAUCUGACUCCGUGGUGGUCCAGGGCAUUUACCGCGAGGCCCACUUAAGGGGAGCCCAACUCCCAAUGUGUUGGGCCUUUAGAUUAACGGAAAUUUCGUUCUCUGUAGUGAUACUGUUUUCCAAUUCGUGGACCGCCCCCGUGAUAUAGCAGAACUUCUGCGCUCCGUUCCUCCAGAGAAGAGUUUUCGCAGUCCAGGCAUUAAAACACGGAAAAUAUACUAUUUGCAGAAUCACCGCCUGUCAAACAUUAAACUUCAGCUUGGAGAGUGGGUCUUUAAAUAAAUGACCAUGGCUUUGAUUUCUCUAAUCUUUAAAUGAGUAGAGCUGCCCCUUGGAGCCGUCUGACUCGUCAAUGUCAUCAAGAACUCCUACUUAUUACUAAUGAACGAUUUCUGUUUGCGCGUUACCAAAGUUGAAGACGCCUCUCUAUUUAAGGCGUAAAGUGGGCACUCAUUAUCUGCCAAACAAACUAAAUCGACGAUUUUAUCAGCUACGAUUAGUUUUUAGACUUCCAAGUACUUUAUCUAAUGUUUCAGUCGACUUCAUGGGAGAGAUUUACUGGAGGUCUGACGUUUCGAGUAGUUGUUUCGUUUAGCCAUCUUCAGAGACUGGGAAGUCAUGCGCACAGCCCUCUAUGGCCAUAUAAGGAGAGCUGUGCGCAUGGGGUAGACGAAACAGCUAUUCAAAACGUCAGACCUCCAAAGACCCCUCCUGGUGAACGCCUCCUUUUCUUUUGAUAUGCCACCUGGGAAUCGCACUUUCACUACUAUUGAUUACUUGACUUUCUAGCCGUAGGGCCGUGAAUACUAUACUAUGAAGGUAUGCUUUACCCAAUCGUCGCCUAGCCACAAGCACUGGAGGCCUUUUUAAUCCAAUACUUGGUUUCAUAGGAACUCCAGCUGAAACUUGGGUUUUUGCUUUGAGGUACGGUACAGGCAACUCGCCCAAUCAUUUAAUAGCUAAUAGCCUGUAAUUGAGUGGCAUCCUUUCGGCUAGCCCAGUGGGCAGGGAAGCGGAAGUUGAAGUCCAGUCAGAUGGAAAGAUUCUGUGCUGUGUUUGAUAAUUUCAGAAAAAUAAAGGGUUCACGCAAGCAGGUUUAUUGGAAUGCUGACGUCUCGGAGAGCUUGGUCGGUUCGCAAUUGGCAAAGAUUUUCAAAGUUGGGCCAAUAUGAAUUAUUCAAAAUCUGCCAAAACAUCUAUGAAUUACGUGAGCCUGGUAGUCAUCUGGUGGAUUCUAGGUGAAUUACUUGGGAAAUCCUGCUUGGGCAGUCAAGUUACUGCAUCACAUUUGGUGGACUCCAGACGUUGACCACAAUUUGAUUAAAUUCGCGUCGUUCGGUGAGGCCUCGUAGCUCAGAUGGUUGGAGCGUUGGCUGUGCCAAGGCCUCCCCUUGUUGUUGUGACUUCGAAUCCCACCGAGGCGCCGAGAUUUUCACAGUUGGGUCAAUAUGAAUUAUUCAAAAUCUGCCAAAACAUCUAUCGAUUGUCAAAGUGUAGAGUGCGCUUAAUCAACCGGAAAUAAAAAUAGCGUCUCGUGCUGGUCGGCCUCGUGUUGAUCGAUUUUUCUCUCCCCUCUCUGCCCGGCCUUCCGGGAGAUGCUGACAGGCUUUUAGCUGCGCGUUUUGUGAGUCACCACCUCGCGGGGUGGGGGGGGGGAGGGGGAGGUGAUCGAGCCUCUGUCGAGGUUGUUCUGGUCGCUCUUUUUCUUCCUCGUCGAGUCGACUUGUCGCGCUGCCUGUGCGGCCUUCUUAAGUUCUGUGUUGUCGUCUCGUCUUGAGCUAGCAAAAUGAACGUAGUGAUGCUGGACUUUGUAGGCUGCAGAAUGGUCCAGAUGCCUAUUGCUGGAGUUGACAUCUGGAGAUCACGCCUCAAAUGUUAGCCGUUCUGCCUUUGAGUGUUCCCUUUCUAAGUCGUUAGCUUCGUGAAGAUUGAAAAUAUGACCUGUUUCUCCAAAUUACGUCUCAAUUUCAGAGUUUGGAUCAAACAUCCGCGUUGUGUUGGUAGUGAAUUUCCAUAAACACUUUGCUUGGAAGCUGUAUAUUAGCGAACUUCAAAUCACGCGGAAGCGAUUGACUCCAGUUGAAACAGCAUACGUGUCAAACCUCCACCGUAAAACAACUACCUGAGCUCAGUGGAACAUUUGCCUGAAAAAGUCAUAUCUAUAGUCCUGUGAUCCCAGCUGACGCCGUCCACUUGGUGCACGUACUAACAAUUACUAAGUGAAUAGCAAAAAGGUUUCCUAUGCCGGGGCUCUUUGUAUGACCGCAUUUUUUAUUAAAUUAAACCAUAAAAGAUUACGUAUGACUGGAGCCGUCAAACGACUUCGAUAUAAGUAAGGGCACAUUUCUACUUGACAAAUCAAGAUAGACACUCCGGUUAUGUCAAGAAAUAGCAGAUCAACUAGGUCAACAUGUUCCAAAAUUAAAUGGACUUGCGUUCUUGAAAAAGAAGAGCGAUGCACUGGUUUCAACACGUAGCUUCACCUAAGAAACUACAGCUUUCUGUGGCUCUACAACCACUGAAAAUGCUGCAUACUUACUUCACGCACUUUUAUGAAUAUUGCAGUGGAAGAAUACUGAGUUAUACGGAAGGAAGAACAGUCGUUAGUCCGCCUGCACUUUAGUUCAUUGAGGGAGAGCUAUUUCUUUCAGAUUUCUUCGCUAAAGCGCUUUGUAUUCUUAUACUGUUUUGUCUUACUGAGUGCAUUUUUUUCCUUCCAGGCACAUUUGUGGCACUCCCAACUAUCUGGCCCCCGAGGUCUUCCUGCGUGAGGGCCACUCGCCGGCCUCAGACCUCUGGGCCGUCGGCGCUACUGUCUGCUUCAUGAUAACAACGGGCCCGCCCUUCAUACCGAGUCCAACAACACCCGUCGUGCUGCCGAAUGAGGCGGCUCCAGAGCUGACACUUCAUGCGUCCCCAUCUAGCCUCCCGACCAGGGAAGUGACUUCCGGACAAACAGACGACGCGGAACACAGGUCUCGUUCCGUACGCGGCAUUUUUAGAGCAGUCCUGUUGGGGGAGUACAAACUUCCUGUGGACAACGCCACGGCUGCGGCAGUAACUGUGGUUCGGGGGCUUUUACGUCGUCUGCCUGAAGAGCGCCUCACUCCCAAGGACAUUCUUGCACUUGACCUAUGCAGGCUACCUGAAAAGAGGUGCGUACUGACAGUUGGGCACACCGAACUCAGUUUUAUUUACGGUAACAUUUUGUUUGGUAGUCCACCUGAUGGACACAAUACUGCUAGGGUUGGCGUUAAAGGUUAGAGGCUAUGAUUAGGUGUUAUGAUAAGGGGUUACGGUCGGGGCUUAGGAUUAGGGGUUAGGAUUAGAGGUCAGGGUUACGGGUUAGGGUUUAGGAUUACGGGUUAUAGUUAGGGGUUAGGGUUAGAGGUCAGGGCUAAGGGUUAGAGUUUAGGAUUAGGGGUUAUAGAUGGGGUUAGCACAACUAUUUCUCAACCAUUCAAAGUCCAACCGCGCAUUCCCAAUGGCAUUUCUUUUGCAUACAACUACUUGACCUGGUCGCUGUGCGUUCCCCGGCCCCACCUGCAAAAAGCUCUAUUACAAACGGCCCCGUAUUAGAGGUGACUGGGGUUUGUUUACAUCAUGUGGGGUUACAUAAGCAUAUCCGACCUUAUUUACUGUCAGAGCUUUUUCACACUGAAUGACUGGAUGCGGUUUGAGUGGUAUGAAACAAACUUAGAUAGAGCUCGGGGACUGACGAGCCCUACCAGUACGCUUUCACCCCGCCGACCUGUCGUUAUUUUGUCACUGAGGCAGUUGGUUUCUUUGUCUUGCAGGAUAAAACAAUCAGCCGAAACAUAGGUGCACUGCAUAUGAAGGCCCCUGUGCUUGUCUACAAAUGCUUUCGAACAGGCUUCUGCCUCUAUUCGUGUAACUGUUUAUUAAAGGCAGGGCGUCAUUGCAAACAGACGAAGAAUUCACUUCACCCGGUUAGACCAUAGUGUGUGUACCCCCUUCCCCCUGAACAAGACUACAUGCAGUGUGGGAAUGUUGGAGGUGAAGCAUUGUGUCCUUAAAUAAAUAACAAGUAGAAAUCGCGUUUGCGCCGCCUGAUUGUGUUUAUGUAUUAAAAGAACACUUUGUAUGAUGAUAGUUCAGGGGCACAUCUAUCUGUGCACUGCUCUUUCGUAAAAGGCCAUGGCGUUCAGAGGUUCUCAGUAUACUAUGAAACAUUGGCCUGUAAUCGUCAUAUUUGGGCGUAAGUUCCUCACAGUCUAUUUUACUUCAGGUCCCCAGAAAGGGGAUGUACGCAACUGUAUGGAAAAUGAAUAAUUCUUCUGGUCCAUUGGUACUCGUCCUCGUGGUCAUCUAGACGCCUUGUCGUCCCAAAACACUCUACAGGAAUGUCGGUAAGAUUACCGUCCACUUUGCAUGUCAGCGUCAUUGUGGUCUCAUAUCUAAAUCAGCAAAAUCUGUUCGCAGCCAAUUAUCUGCAGGUUAAAACAAAGGAGAGAGUGCACCGAUCGGGCUCCGCUAAUACCUUGAAUACUUUGGCAAGCAUGUGUUUAAGUAAAUGCAGUUUGUGAUGUAAAAUAUUUCUUUAAAUUAUAUUAGUGAUUUUUCCAUUGAAGCAGAAGACGGGUUUCUAGGAUGAUUUUUAGAAUGUGAAUCGAUCGAUGAGCUGACAGUUGUAUUCGCCUGACGUUUCGGAUUCAUACGCGAACUUGUCGUCAGAGACAACAAGAGAUACGAGUAGUGAGCGCACAACGGAGGUAGUAUCUGUAGCGCGCAGUCGCUAUUUGAUCCCAUAUCUAUCAACAGUAGCUGUCUCUGCAUUUACCAUAAACGGUUGUGCUUGGUGUGAUUAUUCCCUGCUUGCCUGUAUCUAGUUUGGUAAUUGUCGCAGUUCCAUCAACAGUGUUCGACAUUGGCAUGAUAGUAUCAGUUUUCGCACACGCACUGUCCUGUCGAAUGACCCUCAGGUGGAGAUUUGACGUCAUUUCUCCACCUCGCUGUCCGGCGCUAGGUCAUCAAUAUGCACGGAAAUCCCCCAUACUGUCUGACGUUGUUACUUUGCUCACAACCACGCCAAAUCCGGUAAGAGACUCCAGCCGUUUCUGCUGUGGCAAUGGGAAUUUCGACCUCAUUGACUGACGUAUGAUUGUUAUCUAUGGUCAGUGGCGAUCACUUAUCAUAUAAGUACUCAAUAUUACUAGUGAUGAAAUUGCGGCAUUCAUGCCACCGGAUAGGGGUAACUGAGCAGUCAUCGCACCAAGUACGACCGUUUCGCAGGCGGCAGGAGCUGAGACUCAUGGCUACUGUGUCUUCUAUAAACCACAAGCUUCCUGAAUCCACUACCUUAUCUUUUCCUGGCUCUGAUGACGUGUCCCUGAGGGAGUCCGAACAUUUAGGUGAAUAAAGUUUUGAUUCUGCUUUCCAGUCUCCUUCUUCCCUUUUAUGUUUUAACUUGUCGCAUCCCGUUUACGGCCAGGGCAUGGCUGCCUAAAGGAUAUUUUUGCGGUUUGGGAGUGGCACAUAUCCCGUUACGUCCUUUCGUCGAAAUGCGUAGCUUUUAUGUAAAACACAGGUUAAAUGAGUAAUUUGCUGAGUUUAAUGGGUUAGAUUAGACAAUCAUCGCAUCUUUUCAGCCAAGCAACAUUUAUCUGGCCGUAGCCUGUGCGUGGAUUAGUAUCUAUAUGACUGAACUGGCAAUACGAAUCCACGGGAUUUUAGUACAUUGCCAGCCAUGCAACGCCCAGUGUAGCUCAUGAAAUGUUUGCCGGAUAACCGGAGGGCGUUUUCCGUUGGAAAGGAUUACUUAUAGUGACGUGAUUAUCUCGCUGCAUAAUGCCGAGACAUUUUAAUCCCGACAAAAUGCCGGCUUUUGUUUUUGUCUCCAGCCGCGUGUAAAAACCCGACCUGACAUAACGUAUACAUUUUGCCAUUUAUUUUGGUACCCUUACACAUUUAAAUUUUUUAUGCGGAAAAAUGCAUAAAAUGUCUACUCCAGGUUUUCAUUCUCUAGAAAAUUACGUCUGUAAAUCUUAUACCCGAGAGUAGGGUGUCUUUCCGUUGUAGGAAAUUGUGUAAUUAUGAGAUGGACAUGACUAUGAAGUGUCCAUUCAGAUGGCUGAUGUGUCUGUUGAUCAGUACUCCCUGUAAAGGACAAACUGUGGUCCACGUGCAUUAAAAUCGCAUGAGUCCUAUAUGCUUUCUUCUUAGUGACAUAAAGCAGUGCAUGAUUCUCCUCUCAUGGAGGACCUAAACCUUGUACGUUAGUAACCCUGGACGCUGGUGCGAUGACUGGUUCAGUACAAAAUUAAUUGGAAAUUGAAAACGCUUUCUAAAAUCAAAGUUAACUCCUUCUCGAGUAAGACGUUCGGAGAGGACGUAAGAUUCUACAAAAUAAUUACAAGCCCAGAUAUUUUUAUGCUGUUUUAUACACUAUAUGUUUAAAUUUGUAAAGGCGUCAUACAGCAAUAUGCAAAUAAUUCCUUCUAAUCGAAAACGGGCCUAAGUUAUUCACUAAACACUUUAUGAGAUACGCCACCUACAGGGAGAAGACCGCCUGGUUAUUUAAAAAUCCGGCAACACAGGCCAUUUACCAGCCGGAAAACCGAUAGAAUUGUUGUCAUCCGAUUACAAUUGAAAGUGUGCAGUUGCAUCUUCUACGAAGUUUUACAUAUCAGCUUAUAACUCGCGAAGGAUAACAGUAAGGGUAAAAGAGUUGCCGGCAGCAUUUUAUUACCAGACUUAUCACGGUUGUCUGUUUUGCCUUUUAUAGCAAAAUGCACUGAAAAAAAAUAAUUUCACUGCAUGGCGAGGACAGUCGCAGUCCCUUAUCUGGUACAGACAGAGCGGUAGUAGGGGGAUAUCUCGGGCUGAAAUGAUUAUUUUCCUGCUUCCAUCUCUAAAUUAAUUUUCUUUAUGUGAGUUUUUCAUGCCCCUUUGUAAAAUUUCUGCAGUUUCAAUGUGCUCAGUCUAUCAAAGAAUUCCUCUGAAUUUAAGCAUGCAUAUAAGCAACACAGUAUUCCAUAACAUGUUAAUUUUUUGCAAAAUCCUUUUCAGUGCUAAAACUGAACUAAUUUGUUGUCUUAAAACUGCAUCUUCCCAUGAAAAAUAACUGCGCAUUGUGUCAUGAGGGGGUUGAACACCCAAAUGAGAUCAUAGGUUUAUAUUACAACUAGAUCCUCACCCAUUUGUCAUUUAUCUAAGCAGUGAGCAUCCCAUAUCAGCAUUUUCUUCUUGCUUUAAUUUUUCAACAGUUGGGCACAAUUAAUUUUGAAAAACGAAACGGCACCAAAACAGCGUCUACCUAACCACUAACAUUAUUAAUAGUCGGACAUGCGAAAACUUAUUUAACCGAAACGCUGCUCCCCGCUGCCUUAUUGAACAAAACCGGUUUCAUCGUUCUAUAGCAAAUAAAAUAGUUGAAGCCCGUCUGAAUUAAAGCGGGUAGGGGUAAGGGGAGGUAAAAUCAGCUCAAACUUUAUAACUAGAAAAAACUUGAUAACUCAUUUACAGAGAACCCGCACUCAAGAGCAAUAGAAUUCUUUUAAGUUACAAUAUUUUAAGUUCAUUUCCAACUGUCAUACCCCGCUACGCAGCUCAAACAAAGCCAUAAAAGGAGCCGCGAAUUUUGAUUUAGAUCUGACAGUCGAUAUAACGAAACCAUGAAAUGAGAAUCUGCAGUGUGCCAAAAAAUUUCCUGGAAGUAAUAAAAGAACGGGAAAGCGCGUUCUCAUUUUGUGGGAUGUAGACUGAACGGACAAGAACAAAGUUCGCGAAUUACGAAGGUUAUAAGAAAUGCACAGAUUUAACUAAAACCUACGAACUUGGGCUUUUUCAAAAUGAUGUUAUCUUCAAGAUGAUAAGCUCGCUGUUUGCCUUUCCAUCAGUCUGAUUUAUUUAUAACAUCGGGUCAUACUGCACAAAAGUUAACCAGCCCAAGGCAUCAUACGAUGCACUGUAUUCGUUCUACUAUAACCCGUUUACUGCUUUAUAUGCACUCGCUCGUCCGCGUACACUAGACUGGAAAGAGUAACCCAACAGUACGGGCUAUAAUUAUGCCGCUCACAGUCACCCUAAGCAAGCGCAGAGCAAAUGGCGAAAAAGGCAUCUCAACAAUCACCCAGUACAUAUGCUGACAAGAUACGUCGGUCCUCCUGUCAGGCUUCAACAACUUCUUCUUGGUCUGAUCUUAAUGGUGCUCCAAAACAGUUGAGAUCCGAGCCGCCUCCUCCCAACCUUUUCUUUAUGUAUGAGACCCUGGUCCUUUGUGCACGGACCAGGGAGUGUGUGGCACUCCUAGGUACUGGUUCACUCCAGGCCACACACAGGCGCCCGACCCCGCCUUCGGUCUUCUCGGCAGAUGCAGCGCAGCCCAACUAUUAACGUAAACUGAUUCACGUGCGAGCAAUCGGUUUUACGCUUGUCUUGCUCUAAGUCGCACAAUGUACAUUGUAGUAAACAACGAUCUAGCUGUCGUGUAUUUUGAGAUUAUGUCGAACUGGUCCUCUUGCGUGCAAUACCCAUUGCAUACGCACUAAUGCUUUGCUACUGAAGUUGAGGAGACUCAGAAUUGAUUUUAUGCAGCAUUUAAGGUUAGAACUGACAUAUUUUGGUAUGGACACUUAGCUGUUCAACUGUUUACUAUCCACAGACUAGACUACAGAGGCCUCUUAGGACAUUUACAGUUUUUUUUAGACUUUUGCCUCCACGUUGGAAAGUUAUGACUGGCAGUCAAAAGAACAAAUCACAACUCUCUUCCAAAGAUUCUGCUCUUAUAAAAAAAUGGUUUCAUAGAAUUGUUUGACAUUUAUUCCCUACAAACCGUUCAUAGUCCUCUGAAGACUUCUGGCACCGUGUACGUUUCAAGUAAGACGCUAAAAUUUGUUAUCCUAGGCGUAUAAUGCACAGCUGCAUCAGGGAGCGACAAUUUCGAAUAUGCCUUCCUGAUUGUCUGUUGUGCAAAUUGUUUAUGCAUGUUAUGGCAGACCAGACGAGCGCAGCUAUUAGGUGCAGUUUGCGCCUAAUCAUUCAUUCCACAUAAAAAUGUGAAUUAUCGUGUGCCCUCGAUAUUUGAGUUCUGAAACUUGAAUACUCAGUGCAGGAAGGGAUUUAUUGACAAAUUGGUGAAAUGUAAAAACUGAAUAUGUUAUACCAAAGUCCAAUAAGGGACUUAUUAGAUAAUAGGUUGCUGUAUUGCUCUUUUCAACUAACACCAAGCAUAUCGUGCCAGAAUUGUCAACUCAGUUUGCACGACAAUAAACUUGAAUGUUUUUUGAUCUCUCAAGAGAAGGUCUGGCAGUUUCAAGCAUCGUGUAGAGGUUGAACUGCUUGGUAGCCUAAUUUUUGGCUUAACCCAUCCUGAAAGUAAGCAUGUCCAAAAGUUAUAAGACAGUUGAGACAUAGAAACACCUUUAGGGGCGUAUCGAAAAGUGUCAAAGUCGCCCAUACUGGAACUACGCCUGCCAGAUUUACAGCUUCACAUUAAGUGCACGACCCUGCUCAGAGCAAAUAGCACGAAGCAAACAUUAAAUCUUUAGAAGCUUUCACCGGGACUACCAACGCUCGUGAAGGAACAUUGACGGUGAAACGGCAUGUCGCUGGGAAAAUAUCGUUACGACUUAUAGGUUGCAGCCCUCUGUCCUGCCUGCAAAGUGACAGUCUGAAACACUAUCCAGAGGAUUCUUUAGAGUUGAUCUAAGUUUGCUGCACGCGGAAACCGUAAAAAAGUACUGAAGACGAAAGAGUAUGCGGUCGUCUAAAGUUGGUUUUUAAUAACUUGCUGCCUUGAAUAUGCUCCAUUUUCUCUUAUUCACGCAUUUUCCACCUGAAAAUGCCGCUAGCUCCUCCACUGAUACUGCAUCGGCCACCAAACUCCAACAGUUCUCCUCAAUGCUGUCUGCCCACCGGCUCCAAAAAGUUGACUUCCCCAGGGCCCAGCAGUUUACCGCCAGCUGUCAGUUUGCAGCUUCUUACUCCACUCCGACCGUAUUUGAGACAGGCUGUCGACCAAAUACCACACCCACAACAGAAGAGGAUGAGUUGACGGGAGCUGCCAAAAAGCUUUCGACCUCGUGUUCUUCCAUAGCCGUAUUUUUCGAAAAUCCCGAGGAUGGAGCAUUGGAGGACCUCUGUUACCUUUCGGUCUCUGCUUCCCAGCCCUCUCUGUAUGGAAAUGCUUGGUUACACGCCGAAACUUCGCCAGACUGGUCACAGAGGCGGUUCCGAUUUGAUCAAGCAAAGCAGAUAAGUGUCCUCACGGGCAGCAUGAAUAUUUUGGUAAGGAAGGCUGCUUGGCUCAAAUCAAAAAGAAACCACGUUUGA